AUGGCUUUUUAUCGCAAUCAAGAACUAUUCUACCUUGUUUCACUCAUCUUUGUUUUGCUAGCCACAAAUGUUCACGCACUGUCUUUUGAUUUCCCCAAGCUCACCCCUGGCGAUUCUAGUAUAAUCCUCCAAGGGGAUGCCCAGAUUUUAGCCAAUGGUGUCUUGGCACUGACCAACAGUACACCACUUCCUCCUACAACAACAUUUUCAAGUACCGGUCGUGCCUUAUAUACAACACCCGUGCCCCUUUGGGACAGUGCUACCGGCAAUGUUGCCAGUUUCGUCACUUCCUUUUCUUUUGUCACAAAGUUGACCGGAGGUUUUCAAACUGAUGGACUCGUAUUUUUCAUUGCACCAGUAGACACUGUCAUUCCAAACAACUCAAACAGUCAAUAUCUGGGAGUAGUUGAUAGUAAAUCUUCAAUAAAUCGAUUCGUAGGUGUAGAGUUUGACCUUUAUCCCAAUCCUUUUGAUCCCUAUCUAAUACAUAUUGGAAUCGACGUCAACUCUUUAAUUUCCACCAAGACCGUGAAAUGGAACUGGGUGAGUGGUUCUUUGAAUAAAGUUAGUAUAAUCUAUGACUCUCCUUCUAACGCAUUGACUGCUGUUAUCACUUAUGAGAAUGGUCAAAUUUCUACCAUUUCACAAGAGAUUGAUUUAAAGGCUGUGCUCCCCAACAACGUUAGGAUUGGUUUUUCUGCUACUUCAAUAACUGGUGUAGCACAAGAAAUCCAUUCAUGGUCAUUCGUAUCAGAUUUGAAAACAACAACAAGCAGCAGUGUCUCAGACAUAUGA